AUGAACGCAACAGUCGAACUUUCGCAGAAAUUCGGCGAUUGGUCAGACGAAGUUCCAACUUCUUGGACUUCAACUAUGUUCACAUCUCCCUUCGGUGAAGGCAUAUCUGUCUCCGAUCCUCAGUUAUGGGCUAGUCCAGGUAACAAUUCAGACGAAUAUUACAGGUCUAGUCCCAAUACCGUACGGGACGAACUGGCACACCAGCUAGAUACCAGUGGUAACUUUGAGUCUGGGUACAAUAUUGAUGACAGCACUGCAGGAGCAGACGUUUUUGUUUACGAUCAAUAUCCAGACACCCAAGUGUCGGGACAAUCUGUUCAGCCCACCUUAGGUGGCCCGUUUGCUGAGCACACGAACCUGCCAAACAAUACUGAGACGGUCGUUAAUGACUCCACGCCAGUAUUAACGAAGCGAAAGAGUAUUCGUAGACGGUUUUCUUCGCGCAGUUCUGAGACCAACACAUUUUCGCCUCGAUCCAUGUCGGGGUUAUCCCCGUGCUCCGGAUCUUCGCUGAAUUGGACGGUAAAUGGUCCAACCCCCCCAUCUCCAGACGGCAGCAUCGGGUUCGCCGACGACUCCAUGCCGCCAAACAAGCACCGGCGUAACCGGGAGCGGAACCGCGUGGCCGCGCACAAGUGCCGGCAGAAAGCCAAGCAGAGUAUGUCAGAAUUGCAAACGAGAGAAAGGGAGCUAAGCCAGCAAAACCGGAUGUUACAGGAACACGCAGGCAGCCUACGCGACGAGAUAUUGGAUCUGAAGAACGAAAUCCUCAGACACAGCAGCUGCGAUAGCGAUAUAAUUCAAAACUACAUCGCGCGUGCAGCUCGGGAAGUACACUAAUGCGGGCGACACGUUCGUAACGAAAUAGGCGGUUGGAUCUGGAACAAGUUUUUCUCCGCCGAUUUGAUGUGCCGACAAGGUCAGCAGCUCCAGCGAAAAGAAUAUAGGUUACCUGUGUUAACAGGGAAGACGAGAAUCAGGUUCCUUUUGUAUUGGCCGGGGAAUUUUCCAACUUACUUGUACUUGCCAGGUCUAAUGGCGUCGACAAAUUUGACUAAAUACGAGUGUGCGCCGAUGUUCUUCGCGACGCUCCGUUUUUGACGGGUACCUUCGUACGACAUCCUCAGAGCCGUUGUCGUAAAAGGUCGUGAUACAGAGGGUUUCUUUCUUCUCUCUUUUUUUUUGUAUUGGAAAGGUCUCGGAAGGAAAGUC